AUGGGAGCCCGACUAGAUGCAGAACAUGUUGAACAUGUUGAACGCUUUCUGACUUCGAAAAUGAUAGAAUCUUUUCCAAGUUACAGAAAACUUCAAGCGACCGGUCGAAGAUCGUUUGCGCUUUGAAGCUGUAGGCUUCGAUUUUGUCGUGGUCGACAUGCCAUGAACAACAGUUCUGCAUCUUUACCCGGUUGUGUUAUGUCGAGAAAACAAUUCAAAUUCAAUCCACUCGUAUCGAAAUAAGUCGAAAUGGCUUCCCAUAAAAAAAACAUGCUUGCGUGACGUUUCACGACAUCUGAAGACCAGUUUUGAAUCUCAUUUUGAAGGGAAACUCUUCCAAGGUACACACGAACAAGGUAAAUCGGAACGCUUUCCAAAAGACCGCCACCAAUUUGCUCCCGAUCCGCCCCUCAUUUCCCGUUCGUUAUACCUAAUCCGGCUCUCCGGAGCCAAUCUCCUUCUCGAUUCAUCCGACCGCCAAUUUUCCAGUGCUUCUAUUCCUAUGAUUGUUUAUCACUAGCCAACGUUAUCGCUCGAAAUUCAGGCAAUCACCGCGGGGUCAGUGGAUACGCUCGUUUGGUGGGGUGCAGAGAGCAGCAGAAGAAGAAGAAGGACCGACAAUCGCGCCCCUCUUAUCAGCCGACAAACGUUUUGGGCACCGAGCCAGAUUUUUAUGCUCAAACGCUAUGCGCUCUGUCGCCGCCAUCGAAAUUGUCAGUUUUUUUCCCAAAAUUAAUUUUCAAACUUCUUCAUUUUCGCUUCAAAAAGAUAAUAAGUCAUAUGUAGAUCCGAAAGAAAGCUCCUAUUUUUUUUUCGAAUCAAAAAAGCUCAAAACAAAUUUAUUUUUCGAACUGCCUGAUUUUUUUUUUGCAAAAAUAUUAACCGACCUUUUGAAUAUCAAAAUCUCCAAGGUCUUUUUGUUUAGGAUGAUUAGUCUUCGUUUUGGCUAUAAUUGAAAAGCUUUUCUUCUGACCGUAAACAUAUUACGUGUUAGGUCAUGCUUUAUAACAUCAAUUUCAUCCGAAAGCUUUCAAAUGAUGUAUCGUGACUUCCUUAAACAAUAAAAAAUCCUGAUAAUUCAAAAAAUGAAGUGAAUUUUUUCAAAAUAUUUUUUUUGGUGAGCUUUUUUUUUAAUCGAGGUCAGUAUGUCUUGAAAUUUCGCAAGAUAUCAUGCUAUGAAAAACGAUCCAGAAGGCACCAAGGGAUGAGAUAACCUAAAUAGGAGCUAGGUCAACUUGUUUUUUGUUAUCCGAACUUUUUCCAAAUCACUGAUUUUUGUAGGUGUGAAUGCUUGUCGUGCGGACGACGAGGAGGCGCACAGAGUCGAUCAGCCGAAGUGCGACGCCGACGACGAAGAAGCUCGAGCUGCUGCGGCGCCGUCGACGAAGAAGGCGUGA